UCAGUGCGGCAGAGAGAUUGUCAUGGGCCUCGCAUCGGAAUGUCACUAAAGAAGAGGAUGAGGCAUAUUCGCUCCUGGGUUUAUUUGACGUCAACAUGCCACUUCUAUAUGGAGAAGGGCGGGAGAAAGCCUUCUUCAGGCUCCAAGAAGCUAUCUACAAUGCCACAGCCGACCACUCGAUGUUCUUAUUUCGCCAUAGCCAACAUAGAUAUGACCAACCUCUAUUGGCCAGUUCCACGACAAGCUUCUGCAACAAACUGGAUUGCUUUCUUUGUUCCUCGCGAGAAAAUCGGAAUCCACCCUCGAGUUUUCGAUACUGCGAUAUUGUUGCAUCUGAGAGGUGGAGCACGCAAGCACAUGAACAAAUCAUGA